UCUCUCUCUCUCUCUUUCUGUUCAGGGGAGUUUCGCCGGAGAGACCCAAAAAAUUAAAAACAAAAUUAAAAAUUCAUCAUCUUCUUCCAUCGUUAACCUCGAGGUCGUUGGGUGUGUUAUGUCUCCUGAGCUUUCUCUUUUUAAAUUAGCUUUAAUUUGAUAAACCCUUAGUUAGUUUCUGACCUAGUGGGGGGAGAGAGAGAGCACCUUGGGCUUACCGUUAGGGAUCAGUCUCGCUUUUGGGUCUUAGAAAGAAGGACGAGGACCCGACGUCGUCUACGAACCAAUUUCUACUCUGUGACGGAACCCUAAAAACACCGUUUUCGCUUGUCAUGAGUCCAAUUCAGAAUUUUGAGCAACAUUCUCGUCGUCUCGUCGAGCCUGACCUACCUAUUCAGGCUAGGCUUGAGAUGGUGGUGGAGGUCAGGGACAGCCUAGAGAUAACACAUACGGCUGAGUACUUGAAUUUUCUUAAAUGUUACUUCCGGGCAUCUUCAGUGAUUCUUCUUCAGAUUACUAAGCCACAGUUCACUGAUAAUCUUGAGCACAAACUACGCAACAUCGUGGUUGAGAUCCUCAAUCGUCUACCACAUAGCGAGGUUCUUCGUCCCUUUGUUCAAGACCUCUUGAAGGUUGCUAUGCAGGUGCUCACCACUGAUAAUGAAGAGAAUGGGUUAAUCUGCAUUCGCAUCAUCUUUGAUCUUCUUAGGAACUUUAGGCCGACUUUAGAAAAUGAGGUUCAACCAUUCUUGGACUUUGUCUGCAAGAUUUACCAAAACUUCAGAUCAACUGUUUGCCAUUUUUUCGACUAUGUCAAAAUGGAAGAAGUGAAACGUGUGGAGAUCUCUACACCAUCUGAUCAGUCGCUCUCCAUUACUGCACCUUCCAGAAAUGGGCAGAUUAACCCUAGUACUCGUUCAUUCAGAAUUGUCACAGAGAGCCCCCUCGUCGUUAUGUUUCUUUUUCAGCUGUAUAGCAGACUUGUUCAGAUCAAUAUACCUAAUUUGUUGCCCCUGAUGGUUUCUGCUAUAUCGAUCCCUGGCCCUGAGAAAGUUUCUUCACAUAUGAAGCCUCAGUUCAUCGAACUGAAGGGUGCUCAGGUUAAGACGGUUUCUUUUUUGACUUAUUUGUUAAAAAGUUGUGCCGAAUAUAUCAGGCCGCAUGAAGAAAGCAUAUGUAAGAGCAUUGUAAAUUUGCUUGUCACCUGUUCGGAUUCUGUAUCUAUCAGAAAGGAACUAUUAGUCUCACUAAAGCAUGUUCUUGGGACGGAUUUCAAGAGAGGUUUAUUUCCUCUUAUUGACACUCUUUUGGAAGAGAGGGUUCUAGUUGGAACAGGGCGAGCAUGCUUUGAGUCUUUGAGACCUCUGGCAUACAGCCUACUGGCAGAGAUUGUUCACCAUGUUCGAGCAGAUUUGUCCCUUUCUCAGUUAUCACGGAUCAUCUACUUAUUUUCAAGGAACAUGCAUGACUCGACCCUCUCUCUUAACAUCCAUACAACUUGUGCACGACUGAUGUUAAAUCUGGUGGAACCGAUAUUUGAGAAAGGUGUUGACCAGCAUUCAAUGGAUGAAGCACGGAUUUUGUUGGGACGUAUCCUGGAUGCCUUUGUUGGGAAAUUCAAUACCUUCAAGCGUACUAUUCCUCAGCUUUUAGAGGAGGGUGACGGAAAGGAUCAAAUCACUUUGAGGUCGAAACUUGAACUUCCUGUCCAGGCAGUUUUGAAUUUGCAGGUUCCUGCCGAACAUUCCAAAGAAGUGAAUGAUUGUAAGAAUCUGAUCAAGACACUGGUGAUGGGAAUGAAGACAAUCAUAUGGAGUAUAACCCAUGCACAUUUGCCCCGACCUCAGGGAAUGCACCCACAAGCUCUUGCUUCGCAGUCAUCUGCUUCUCAAGUUUUUAAAGGAAUGAGAGAAGAUGAGGUGUUGAAAGCCUCUGGUGUUUUAAAAAGUGGUGUCCAUUGCCUAGCUCUCUUCAAAGAUAAGGAUGAGGAAAAGGAAAUGCUAAAUCUAUUCUCCCAAAUUUUGGCUAUUAUGGAACCUCGAGAUCUAAUGGAUAUGUUCUCUGUAUGUAUGGCUGAACUUUUUGAGUGCAUGAUUGACAAUACUCAACUGGUUCAAAUAUUUGCCACUCUUCUUCAAGCUCCCAAGGUAUACAAGCCAUUUGCAGAUGUUCUGAUUAAUUUCCUAGUAAGCAGCAAACUUGAUGUUCUGAAGAAUCCAGAUUCAGCUGCAACUAAAUUGGUUCUGCAUCUGUUCCGGUGCCUCUUUGGGGCUGUGUCCAAAGCACCAUCUGAUUUUGAACGAAUAUUGCAACCUCAAGUGCCUAUUAUUAUGGAAGUCUGCAUGAAGAAUGCUACUGAAAUUGAAAACACUCUUGGUUAUAUGCAAUUGCUCCGAAUUGUUUUCAGAGGACUUGCUGGAUGUAAAUUCGAGCUGCUUCUUAGAGAUUUAAUCCCCAUGCUACUACCUUGUCUUAAUAUACUUCUGACAAUGCUCGAGGGUCCAGCCGGUGAAGACAUGAGAGAUCUUUUGUUGGAACUUUCUUUGACACUUCCUGCACGCUUAAGCUCCUUAUUGCCAUACCUUCCCCGUCUUAUGAGGCCUCUUGUAUCCUGUUUAAGAGGAAGUGAUGAACUUGUGAGCUUGGGGUUACGCACCCUUGAAUUCUGGGUGGAUAGUCUGAAUCCUGAUUUUUUGGAGCCAAGUAUGGCAAAUGUGAUGUCUGAAGUGAUCUUAGCAUUAUGGUCUCACUUGAAGCCGGUGCCAUAUCCUUGGGGUGGUAAAGCGUUACAGAUUGUAGGAAAGUUGGGUGGUCGCAAUCGACGAUUUCUGAAAGAGCCACUUACACUUGAAUGCAAAGAUAAUCCAGAGCAUGGGCUUCGCUUAGUUCUGACGUUUGCGCCGUCCACUCCAUUUCUUGUGCCAAUGGACAAAUUCAUUAAUCUUGCUGUAGCAGCUGUUAUUCAGAAAAACCUCACUACAGACAUCUACUACAAAAAGCAAGCUCUAAAAUUCCUCCGCGUUUGCUUGUUGUCUCAACUUAAUUUGCCUGGGUGCGUCACUGAUGAGGGUCAGAUGACCAAGCAAUUAUCAGCUUUGUUACUUUCCUCUUUUGAUUCAUCUUGGCGCAGGAGUGAAUCAACAGAAAUAAAGGCUGACUUAGGGGUUAAAACAAAGACUCAGUUAAUCGCUGAGAAGUCGAUCUUCAAGACACUAUUGAUAACUAUAAUUGCUUCCAGUUCUGAUCCGGAUCUCAGCGACUCAGAUGAUGACUUUGUUAUAAACAUAUGUCGCCAUUUUGCAAUUAUUUUGCAUGGGGACUGUACCUCGUCGUAUGCUUCCACUAGUACUGCUCCAUUUGGGGGUUCUGUGAGUUCAACAAGUUCCAAGCCCAAUAUCAAUUGGUCUACUAACUUAAAACAUCUGGAUCCUUUGAUAUUUUUAGAUGCUCUUGUUGAUGUGCUUGCAGAUGAAAACAGGCUCCAUGCCAAAGCUGCUCUGACUGCGUUAAAUGUGUUUGUAGGGAAAGUGAAUGUCGAAACAUUAUGUCUUUUCCAAGUAAAAAUUGUUCGUGGUCUGGUUUAUGUUCAAAAGAGGCUUCCUAUUUAUGCUAGCAAAGAGCAAGAUGAGACAAGUCAGGUUCUUAUGCAGAUUCUAAGAGUGGUUAAUAAUGUUGAUGGAGAAAAUAGUGACGCCCGCAGACAAAGCUUUCAAGGUGUUGUAGAAUAUCUUGCUACUGAAUUGUUCAAUCCCAAUGCAUCUAUCACAGUGAGGAAAAAUGUUCAGAACUGUCUUGCACUUUUGGCUAGCCGGACUGGUAGUGAGGUAUCUGAACUGCUUGAGCCUUUAUACCAACCUUUGUUGCAGCCACUUAUUAUGCGUCCACUUCGAUCAAAGACAAUUGAUCAACAGGUUGGAACUGUGACAGCUCUGAAUUUUUGUUUAGCAUUGAGGCCGCCCCUUCUAAAAGUGACUCCAGAGUUGGUUAACUUCUUGCAAGAAGCGUUACAAAUAGCUGAGGCUGAUGAAGCUGUAUGGGCUGUCAAGUUGAUGAGUCCUAAAGUUCUUACAUCGUUGAACAGACUUCGAACAGCUUGUAUUGAGAUUCUGUGCACAACGAUGGCAUGGGCUGACUUUCGAACUCAAAGUCACAAUGAACUGCGUGCAAAGAUAAUUUCCAUGUUUUUCAAGUCCUUAACGUGUCGAGCACCAGAGAUUGUGACCGUGGCCAAGGAUGGUUUAAGACAGGUUAUUAAUCAACAACGGAUGCCCAAAGAACUUCUUCAGAGUAGCCUCAGACCUAUACUAGUUAAUCUGGCACAUACAAAGAAUCUCAAUAUGCCUUUACUCCAAGGUCUGGCACGUCUUCUUGAACUUCUAUCAAAUUGGUUUAAUGUGACGUUAGGAGGUAAGUUGUUGGAGCACCUUAAAAAUUGGUUAGAGCCAGAGAAACUUGCACAAUCCCAGAAAUCAUGGAAAGCUGGUGAAGAGCCGAAAAUUGCAGCAGCUAUUAUCGAGCUCUUCCACUUACUUCCACUUGCUGCGUCAAAAUUUCUGGAUGAACUUGUAACAUUAACUAUCGACUUAGAAGCAGCUCUUCCGCCAGGGCAAGUUUACAGUGAGAUUAAUAGCCCAUACCGUCUCCCGCUGACCAAGUUCUUGAAUCGAUAUGCAACUCUAGCUGUUGAUUAUUUUCUUUCCAGAUUAAGUGAACCAAAAUAUUUCCGAAGGUUUAUGUAUGUAAUCCGCUCAGAUGCUGGCCAACCAUUAAGGGAAGAACUUGCAAAAUCUCCACAUAAGAUACUUUCAUAUAAAUUGGAAAGUUCUAACACGCCAUUAACAAAAUCCAAUGUAGCAUCAGAUGCAUAUUUUCAGGGUCUCUAUCUUAUCAAAACUAUGGUGAAACUGAUACCGAGCUGGCUGCAGAGUAACCGUACUAUUUUUGAUGCCUUGGCUCUCCUUUGGAAAUCACAUGCAAGGACAUCCCGUUUACAGAAUGAGCAAGAGUUGACUUUAGUUCAGGUGAAAGAGAGCAAAUGGCUUGUCAAGUGCUUCCUCAAUUAUCUGCGACAUGAAAAAUCUGAAAUGAAUGUUCUUUUCGAUGUUCUCUCAAUUUUCUUGUUCCAUAGUCGUAUUGACUACACCUUUUUGAGGGAGUUUUACAUUAUUGAGGUUGCAGAAGAAUAUCCACCCAAAACGAAAAAAGCAAUUGUCUUGCAUUUUCUAAACCUUUUCCAGUCAAAACAACUCAGCCAUGAUCAUCUGGUUCAGGCAAUGCAAAUGCUCAUUCUUCCAAUGCUUACCCAUGCCUUCCGAAACGGACAAACAUGGGAAGUUAUUGACCCUAGUAUAGUCAAGACCAUUGUUGAGACGCUCCUUGAUCCACCUGAAGAGGUUUCUACUGAAUAUGACGAACCUUUGAGGAUCGAACUUUUGCAGUUAGCUACUUUGCUUCUGAAAUAUCUUCAGAGUGAUCUGGUUGAUCAUAGAAAAGAGCUCAUCAAGUUUGGAUGGAAUCAUCUCAAACGGGACGAUAGUGCUAGUAAACAGUGGGCAUUUGUUAAUGUUUGUCACUUCUUGGAUGCUUACCAAGCUCCAGAGAAAAUCAUUCUCCAGGUUUUUGUUGCGCUUCUUAGGACAUGCCAGCCGGAGAAUAAGAUGCUAGUUAAGCAAGCCCUGGAUAUUUUAAUGCCAGCUUUACCGAAAAGGCUUCCUCUUGGAGAUUCAAGAAUGCCGAUUUGGAUAAGAUACACCAAAAAAAUUUUGGUGGAGGAGGGCCACUCAAUUCCAAAUUUGAUCCACAUCUUCCAACUCAUUGUCCGGCACUCAGAUCUGUUUUACAGUUGUAGAGCACAAUUUGUACCUCAGAUGGUGAAUUCCUUAAGUCGUCUUGGUUUGCCAUACAAUACUACAGCAGAAAAUAGGCGGCUUGCAAUUGAACUUGCUGGAUUGGUUGUCAGCUGGGAAAGACAAAGACAAAAUGAAACUAAAAUGGUUAUUGAUGCUGAUGCAACCAGUGAGGUCAGUAAUGGGUUACAUCCUUCAUCCAGUGCGGAUCCUAAGCGCUCAACUGAUGGAUCUUCCAUAUCUGAAGACCCAAGUAAACGAGUUAAAAUUGAACCUGGUCUCCAAUCAUUGUGUGUUAUGUCACCUGGUGGUGCAUCGUCAAUCCCCAAUGUAGAAACUCCUGGAUCUGCUACCCAGCCUGAUGAGGAAUUCAAGCCAAAUGCUGCCAUGGAAGAACUAAUCAUUAACUUUCUUAUAAGAGUAGCAGUGGUAAUUGAGCCUAAGGACAGGGAAGCCAACACUAUGUACAAACAAGCUUUAGAUUUUCUUUCAAAAGCUUUGGAAGUUUGGCCAAAUGCGAACGUCAAAUUUAACUAUUUAGAAAAGCUGCUUAGUAGCAUGCCACCGUCUCAGUCAGAUCCGUCCACAGCACUUGCUCAGGGCUUGGAUGUCAUGAACAAGGUUCUGGAGAAGCAGCCGCAUCUUUUCAUUAAAAACAACAUCAGCCAGAUCUCACAGUUUCUUGAGCUGUCUUUCAAACACAAGAUGUUCGACGCUGGGAAAUCGCUAUGCUCUUUGUUGAAGAUGGUUUUCAUCGCCUUCCCACAUGAUGGAGCUAGUACGCCUCCUGACAUAAAGCUGUUGUAUCAGAAAUUCAGUGAGCUGAUACAAAAACAUGUGCAUCCUGUUACUGCUCCACAAGUGUCAGGAGAUGAUAACUCUCUCGGUUCAAUCAGCUUUGUACUUGUUGUCCUCAAAACCUUGGCAGAGGUUCAGAAAAACUUUGUUGAUCCUUAUGUACUGGUGCAUAUCCUUCAGCGUCUUUCGCGGGAUCUGGGAUCAGCAGCGGGUGCUCAUCCUAGACAAAGCCAGCGGACAGAUUCAGAUUCUGCAGUAACUUCUUCUCGUCAAACUGCUGAUGUUGGGGUAGUCAUAUCUAAUAUAAAGUCGGUCUUGGAACUUAUUGAUGAAAGGGUUAUGCUUUUAGCGGAUUGCAAAAGACCUGUGACUCAAAUAUUGAACACGUUGCUUUCAGAAAAGGGGACUGAUUCUAGUGUGCUUAUCUGCGUGCUAGACAUGUUAAAAAGGUGGGCUGAGGAUGAUUUCGGGAAAACAAGUUUAUCGGGGUCCUCUGGUGCAUUUCUUACCCAGAAAGAUAUAGUUUCUUUCCUCCAGAAGCUUGCACAGGUUGAUAAGCAGCACUUCUCAUCUGUUGCUUUGGAUGAGUGGGAUAAGGCGUAUCUCCAGCUUUUAUAUGGACUUUGUGCCGAUUCAACGAAGUAUCCGUUGGCACUCCGACAAGAGAUCUCUCUGAAAGUUGAGAGACAUUCCAUGCUUGGUUUACGGGCAAGGGAUCCUGAUAUGCGAAGGAAGUUCUUCUUGUUAUACCAUGAGUCUCUCGGAAAAAAUUUAUUUGCACGGUUGCAGUAUAUUAUUCAAAACCAAGAUUGGGAAGCUAUGGGUGAUGUUUUUUGGCUCAAACAGGGUCUUGAUCUCCUCCUAGCCAUUUUAAUUGAGGAGAAGCCCAUUACGCUAGCACCGAAUUCUGCCAGGGUAGUACCACUUUUGUCAUCACAAAAUCCUGGAACACAUUACCAACCACCUGCUAUGCCAGAGGGACCUGAAGAAGUUGGCUCAAUGUUUGAUAGCAUUGUAAUGAAGCAUGCACAAUUUCUUAGUGCGGCAAGCAAACUUCAGGUCGCUGAUGUUGUUAUCCCUUUAAGGGAGCUUGCUCACACAGAUGCCAAUGUUGCUUACCAUUUGUGGGUGCUAGUAUUUCCAAUUGUGUGGGCAACUCUACACAAGGAAGAGCAGAAAGCUUUAGCUAAGCCUAUGAUUUCUCUACUUUCGAAGGACUACCACAAGAAGCAGCAAGGGCACAGACCAAAUGUUGUUCAAGCACUUCUGGAAGGGCUUCAGUUGAGCCAUCCUCAACCUAGGAUGCCUAGUGAGCUUAUCAAAUAUAUAGGAAAAACGUACAAUGCAUGGCAUCUUGCAUUGACUUUGUUAGAGACUCAUGUCAUGCUGUUCACGAAUGAAUCAAGAUGUGCUGAGUCUCUUGCUGAGCUUUAUCGUUUGUUAAACGAAGAUGACAGGAGAUUUGGAUUGUGGAAGAAUAGGUCCAACACCACCGAAUCGAGAGCUGGGCUUUCAAUGGUUCAACAUGGAUUUUGGCAACGUGCUCAGAGCCUAUUUUAUCAGGCAAUGGUUAAGGCAACCCAAGGCACUUACAAUAACACAGUACCUAAGGCCGAAAUGUGCCUGUGGGAGGAGCAAUGGCUCCACUGUGCCACUCAACUUGGUCAGUGGGAUGCCCUGGUAGAUUUUGGAAAAAGCACCGAGAAUUAUGAAAUUUUGCUUGAUAGUCUUUGGAAAGCUCCAGAUUGGGCAUACUUGAAAGAUCAUGUGAUACCCAAAGCACAAGUGGAAGAGACGCCGAAGCUUCGUUUGGUUCAAGCUUGUUUUGCCCUUCAUGAAAAAAAUGCAAACGGUGUAGGAGAUGCUGAAAACAUAGUUGGGAAAGGCGUUGAUCUUGCUUUGGAACAGUGGUGGCAGUUACCGGAAAUGUCUCUUCAUGCUAGGGUGCCUCUACUGCAGCAAUUCCAACAACUAGUGGAGGUGCAAGAGUCUUCUAGAAUUUAUGUUGACAUCACAAAUGGGAGUAAAGUUCCUGGAAAUGCUGCUGUUGGGGGACAGGGAAAUCAUUAUGCAGAUCUGAAAGACAUUCUUGAGACUUGGAGGCUAAGAGCUCCAAAUGAAUGGGAUAAUAUGACCAUCUGGUAUGAUAUGCUGCAGUGGAGGAAUGAGAUGUAUAAUGUUGUUAUUGAUGCAUUUAAGGAUUUUAUAACUUCAAAUACUCAACUUCAUCACCUUGGUUAUCGUGACAAAGCAUGGAACGUCAAUAAGCUUGCUAGGAUAGCUCGGAAACAAGGGCUUUAUGAUGUUAGCGUUCAGAUACUUGAAAAAAUGUAUGGGCACUCGCAAAUGGAAGUACAGGAAGCCUUUGUUAAAAUUAAAGAGCAGGCAAAAGCUCAUCUGGAAACGAAAGGAGAGCUCGCUACUGGUCUUAAUCUGGUUAAUAGCACAAAUUUGGAGUUCUUUCUAGCGAAGAACAAGGCAGAAAUUUUUCGACUAAAGGGGGAUUUUCAUUUGAAGCUAAACGACACUGAAGGUGCUAAUAUUGCAUAUUCCAACGCAAUCACCCUAUUCAAAAAUUUACCCAAAGGAUGGAUAAGCUGGGGAAAUUACUGUGAGAUGGCAUACCAAGAAACACAAGAGGAAAUCUGGCUGGAAUAUGCCGUUAGCUGCUUUCUUCAGGGUAUAAGAUUUGGAGUUUCCAAUUCCAGAAGUCACAUGGCUCGUGUUCUUUACCUUCUUAGUUUCGAUACAGCAAAUGAGCAUGUUGGUAGAACAUUUGAUAAACACUUGGACCAAGUACCUCACUGGGUGUGGCUUUCUUGGAUCCCACAGCUGUUGCUUUCCUUGCAGCGUACAGAAGCACCCCAUUGCAAAUUAGUUCUAAUGAAAAUUGCUGCAGUAUUCCCGCAGGCUCUCUAUUACUGGCUUCGCACC